GCGACGCUCGCUUACACAUUCCCCCCACCUUCGUCUUCGCCAUCAUGUCGGACAACUCGAGCAACGCGCGCACUGUCGCGGUCGUUGGCGCGGGACCGGUGGGAUGCCUGGCCGCUAUGGCGCUUGCUAAGCGCGGGUGGCGCGUCGAUUUGUAUGAGGGGCGGGCAGACCUUCGCCUCCCCGAGUCCCGCGAGAAUGCAGCACUCCGCUCAAUCAACCUGGCCAUGUCGCACCGCGGAAUCAUCGCGCUGCAGGCGGUGAACCCGGCUGCUGCUGAUCGCUUCCUCGCCGAUGCCAUCCCUAUGCACGGUCGUAUGAUCCAUACCCCCAAGGGGGAGGAGCGCACUGUAUUUUACGACAGGGAUAAUCAGCAUAUCAAUUCCAUCGACCGUGCCGUGCUUAAUCAGGGCUUGCUGGACGAGGUGGAAGCGCUCCCGGGCGUCAAGCUUCACUUCCGGCAUAAGGUGCAGAACAUCGACUUCGACGGCAAGAGGAUGACCGUUCGCGACCUGGAGACCGGACAAGACCGCGAAGUGCAGUUUGACUUCUGCAUAGGCGCAGACGGCAGCUACUCGGUAGUGCGCCGGCAGAUGAUGCGUGUCGUGAGGAUGGACUUCGAGCAGAAGUACAUGAAGGACGAGUACAUGGAGCUUCGCAUGCCACCAGGCCGGGAUGCGGAUGGACAAACGAUGUUCCUUCUACACCCUAACCGCCUUCAUAUAUGGCCGCGACACUCUUUCAUGCUCAUCGCUCUGCCAAACAAGGACAAGACGUUUACUUGCACUCUCUUCGCACCCAGUACCGAAUUUGACAAGCUAGACACGGUGGACAAGUUCCUCUCCUGGUUCGAGCACCAAUUUCCGGAUGCCUAUCGGCUCAUUGGCGCCGAUUUGCUUGCGAAGGAUUAUGGGCGCAAUCCGCGCUGCCCACUCAUCUGUACCACAUCGAACCCAUACCACUAUAAGGACCGCGCGAUUAUUCUCGGAGACGCAGCGCAUGCAAUGGUGCCCUUCUACGGGCAAGGUCUGAACUGUGGGCUCGAAGACGUCCGGGUCCUAGGCACGAUUCUCGAGGCCAAUGGCAUAACGUCCGAGAAAAUCUCCGAGGACCCGAGCGUCGUCGAUCCGCGGCUCGCCAGCGCGCUGGCGCAUUACUCCGAGACCCGGCACGAAGACCUGGUCGCGAUCUGCGACCUGGCGCAGAGGAACUACAUCGAGAUGCGCCAUAGCGUCACAACGCCGAUGUUCCUGUUCAAGAAGGCGGUCGAUAACGUGCUGUACGCGCUGAGUAGGCGACAGCGGCCCUCGCUGGCGGCCUUUAGGACGACGCUCGCGAGCGUGCCGUUCCCGGCGGGCUACCCGAGCGAGUGGAUUCCGCUGUACACGAUGGUCACGUUCCGGCCGGACGUGAGCUACGCGGUCGCGCAGCGCAAGGCGGAGAGGCAGGCGCGCAUUCUGACGGCGCUCGGCUGGCUGACGGCGUCGGUUGUGGGGACGGGGUCCGUGCUGGCGGCCAUUGCGGGCUACCAGCGCGCUCAGCGGCUCUUGCGUUGAUUUGCGACAGCGUGAAUGUUCUGUACUUACCUAGGUACGGAUAAAUGACAGAAUUCGGGGUCAGUAGCGGCGCCGUAAGAGGGUGCG